AUGUUUGCUAAUCUAAAUGGAGGGAAGGUCUUUGCAAGGAUCGAUCUCUCCGAAGCUUACUUACAAAUUGAGGUGGACGAGAAAUCGCAGGAACGUUUGACCAUUAAUACGCAUAAGGGUCUUUUCAGAUACACUCGUCUAAACUACGGCGUGAAAACGGCACCUAGUGUGUUCUGGCAGAUCAUGGAUACAAUGCUUACGAAUUUUCCCGGGACUAUUGCAUAUCGGGACGAUAUUUUGGUUGUCGCUGGCUCAGAGGAAGAGCUGACUCAAAGGCUGGACCAGGUUGUGCACAAUCUGAUCGACUACGGUCUUAAGAUCAAUAUGGAAGAAAGUGAAUUUUUGCGGAAGCGGAUCCACUAUAUCGGAUUCAUAGUCAACGUGAAUGGGCGUGCACCUGCCCCAAAGAGAGUGAAGGCAUUCCAGAACAUGAAAGUGCCGAAGAACACGAAGGAGCUGCAAUUCUUUAUGGAGUUGAUCAGCUACUACGGCCCCUUCGUCACUGGGUUGCACAGUUUAAAACCUCCAUUCAGCCGACUUCUGUGCAAAGACGUGGAGUUUGUUUGA